AGCUCAGUAGGAUAGUCGCCAGACUAUCAACGAACGGGACCCGGGUUCGAGACCUGGUCGGGGCGGAGCCAUACCAUCAUCCAGUGUGGGUCUGUGGGCAAGACCUAACACACUCAACACAGCCCCAAGAGCAAAUGCAGGGCUGAAUAAGACAAAAGGAAAGCGACGCAGAUCACAGUUGUCAAGACAUGGAAACUCCUAACCAUGCACGGAGGGUUCCACCCUAGGUUCAGCACCCUGACACUGUACCCUAGCCGUAAAGAAGGAGGUGGAAGACAACUGAGUGUGAGUACCACUAUUCGGGUAACAGCCAAGAAUAAUGUGCAGUACAUCAAGGAAAGAGGUUGAAUGGCUGACGUGGUCAGAGGGAAAGUAGCUUGUGUUACCAUCAUGGCUGCACAGUAACAGACUUUGACCACCAGUGCAAUAGAGGCCAACAUCUACCACACCAGGCAAGAACCAGACAACAUGUAGACUGUGCAAAAUGGCUCCGCCGACCGUCCACCACAUAACAGCAGGGUGUAGGAUUCUAGCAGGGAAAGCAUACAUGGAAUGUCAUAACCAAAAUCCUGGCCUACUGUACGGGAACAUCUGCGCAAAAUAUGGACUGGAAGCCCCAAGUUCAAAGUGGGAAGCACCCCCUAAGGUGGCAGUGAACAAGCGAGCCAAAGUCGUGUGGGACUUCCAGAUUCAGGCUGACAAGAUGGGGAUGGCGAAUAAACUGGACAUUGUGAUGGUGGACAAACAGCAGAAGAAGACCGUUGUAAUGGAUAUAGCGAUGGCAACAUCAGGAGAAAAGAACUUGAGAAGCUAGAAAACUACCAGGGCCUCAAAGAAGAACUUGACAUGGCCUGGAAAGUGAAAGCCUUGGUGGUGCCCGUGGUCAUCGGGGCACUUGGGGCAGUGACCCCCAACCUGGAGGAACUGCAGGAAUAACAUCAGACAUCUCAGUCCAGAAGAGUGCAGUGCUAGCCAAAAUACUGCGCAGAACCCUCAAGCUGGUAGAGGACCCGAGCUUGGAGUGGGAGACCACCCGCGGAGGGUGAGAGGGGGAAUUAUAAACAGUGCUACAUAAAUAGUGCUACUGAAGCUAUAGCAGGGCCUUCCUUGAAAAUUCUUAUUACUUUAUUCAACAACCUGUUGUCGCAAACGGUAAGGUUACAGUGGAUAAACACGUGCAAAGCUUUUGUUUUGCACUUUUUUUUUUCUCCCAAUUUGUCUGCCUGCUUGAACAACAGCAUCAGUUUAGCAUAUGUGAAUAAUACAUUUAUUCAUUUGUGGUGGUUAUGCAGUCCAGUAAUGCAUCUGGAACAGACCGCACACUCAUCUAACAAUCAUGCGUCAAAAAUGGUGGGCAUGCUUGCUAUAUGAUUUGGUCUGGUCAUGGGGUGGGACGAUGUCACACUUAACUCAGUGUGGAGGCACAAUACAUCAUUCAGAGGAUGAUGGGACAAGGUAGGGCCACGGAUUGCAGUGCAGCGUGAGAAGCUGUUGUCUGCGGAAUUCCUAAACAUUGAAGGGCAUGUGGAGCAGGAUUCCUUUCUGCCAGAGUCCUACUUGACAAUAUGGUAUUCCCAGAGUCAAAGGGUGUCCAGACAAGUGGGUCUGAGGAGAAAAGAUCCACCCAGAACCGUGUCCUACCACAACACUCUCCAGGACCCAACUAUCUCACCCCGAGAUUGAUUAUUUCACCCGUCAAUGUCAAUUACGAACCACAGGACUACACUGAGACCGACCCACUACUGCCCAGUGGGACAAGAUUCAUUGGGUCUCAGGAGGCAAAGAUCUCUCGUGGUAGUACAGAGGUACGCCCCGAGUCAGUCUGGUCCUUAGUGUUGCAGAUACUGGUGUCGUUCCUGCUGGCUGGGCUGGGAACUAUCUCUGCUGGUCUGCUUCUUGACAUGGUUCAGAGUUGGGAUGUAUUCCAAGACAUCACAGAGAUCUUCAUUUUGCUUCCUGUUGUACUGGGCAUGAAAGGAAACCUGGAAAUGACUCUCGCCUCUCGACUGUCAACAGCGGUAAAUGCAGGAAAAAUGGAAGUUGCAAGUGAAAAAUGGAUGCUGAUCAUUGGAAACCUGGCAGUCAAGCAGCUACAAUCAACUAUCCUGGGUCUUCUCGCCUCCCUGAUGGCUAUUGUGUUGGGCUGGAUUGCGGAUGGAAGGCUUCCAUUCAAUCAUGUUAUCCUUCUGUGUUCAACCAGUGUUUGUACCACAUUUGUGGCCUCACUGCUGCAAGGUAUUAUAAUGGUGGGAGUGAUUAUCGUCUCAAAGCGGACUGGGAUCAACCCUGACAAUGUUGCCACACCCAUGGCAGCCAGCUUUGGAGACCUCAUCACGCUGGCCUUAUUAGCUUGCUUCAGUCAGUGGUUCUACUCCUUCAUAGACUUGUAUUCAUAUGUGCUGUAUCUCUUGGAUCUGUUUUUGUUGGGCCUGAUACCUCUGUGGAUUGUGAUCUCCUCCAAACACCCUGCGAGUCAGCUUCUCCUCCGUACUGGGUGGGAACCAAUCAUAACAGCAAUGGUCAUUAGCAGUAUGGGGGGGCUUAUACUGGAUAAGACUGUGUCGGAUCCAAACUUGGCUGGAAUUAUACUUUAUGCUCCAGUUAUCAAUGGCAUUGGAGGUAACCUUGUCUCCAUACAAGCAAGUCGCAUUUCCACAAAAUUACAUAUGAAUUUUGCACAUGGAGAGGUUCCUGAAGAUCGUAAAAGAUGCCACCAACCCUGCAGCACUUUCUUUGGUUCAGAACCAAAUCACAAAUCUGCAAAGGUGCUACUUCUCAUUGUCAUUCCUGGUCAGCUGAUUUUCUUAUACGUCAUUCACCUGAUCAAAGGGUCCUAUACCAUGCCAAGUGCUCUCUUCACAUUUGCGUUCUUGACCGCUUCUUUAAUUCAGGUCUUUUCUUUGCUGUGUAUAGCUGAUUGUAUGGUGCACUGUUUGUGGAGGAGGGGGAAAGAUCCAGACAGUUACUCUAUACCCUAUCUCACAGCUCUUGGUGAUCUUUUGGGGACAGCUCUUCUCUCCCUGGCCUUCCUAUUGCUUUGGUGGAGUGGAGACAUUGGUGGGGGAUAAGCUCAAAGGAGGAAUGUGAUAUUACUGAAAAGUGUUGAAUAUGAGAGGACAAAAUAAAUCAGUGUGUUGUAUAGUUCGAUGCCAGACAGAUAGAUAUAAACCAUUUUAAAAAUGUUUUUGUAUGGGUCAGGUUUAUGCACCAUCAGAUAUUUCUUUACACACUGAAAACAAGAAGAGAAAACAACCAUUUAUUGAUUUUCUCGGUCAGUUUCAGUCUCCAUCAGUUCUAGUCAAGUCAAGUUUAUUAAAUCACAAGCAAGUAUCAAACGGCUUUACCUGCACAAACAAUCUGUACUCCCAGCCACACCCACACCACCAGGAAUAGAAAUCUAAUCAUUGGGAAAAAACGGAAACUAAAAUCUACAAGCUUUAGUAUUGUGUGCAGAGGGCCACAGAUUUGGAAUGAGCUUGAUGAAACACUAAAAAUGUUGCAAUCCAUAUCCAUCUUCAAGGCAAAUCUAAAAAAUCAACUCCUAUCAAUGUAUAUUUAAUGUGCUGGUUAUAAAUUGCAUGAACACCCGUGUCCUGUUGUUAAUAUAUUAGUUGUUAAUUUAUAAAUUGCAAAUGUACUUUACAUCAAAUCCAGAGUAACCAGAAUACUGAGGUUGUCUAUUGCUUGUCGUAUGGUUGUUGUGUGCUGUACCUUGUUGUGUGUUUAUUAUUGUUGUAUGUUGUCCAAAAUGUAAGGAUAUCUGGCCAAUAUCUGAUACUUAUGGGAAACCAGGCCCCCUAUUAAAAGCUUUAAAUAGCUUGCUUGGGGUGACCUUUUCACGCAUCCGGAAUUACUGUUUGUUGUUCCAUGUUGUAUGUCUUGAAUAUCGCGUGAAUAAAAAC